AUUUGCUCCUUUUUUUGUUGCGGGGGGAUGGGGGGUAUGGGUGGGGCAGUGGGCUGUUACUAGCUGACAGUGCACAGUAGUUGGUACAUGUAAAUAUGCUUUCUUUGUAACUCUGUUGAGAUAUCAAAAUGAGUUGCAUUUCUGUGCUCAGGGAGGUGCAUGUACUGUAAUUGUUGCCUCAUGGUAAUAUUUUGUAUUUGCCACACCACUCUAGGACCUGCGAGCAUCAUUACAAGAGGCUGCUGCUGAUGCUAUGAGCCAAAGUGGAUUUGUGUAUGAUGAGCGGACAGGACUGUAUUAUGACUGGAAUACUGGCUAUUAUUAUGACCCAAAUAGUCGCCUGCAUUAUGAGAACACUACGGGAAUUUACUACUAUUAUGAUGAACCAAGUGCCACUUACAAGUUUCACUCCAAAAUUGACUUAUCCAAUAAUCAAGAAAAAACAGUUAAUGAUGAUAAAAAUGAUCAGGAGGAAAGGGAGAGUGGUGAAGAAUACAGUGAAGAUGAGGAGGAGAAUGAUAAGGAUUUAGAAGUUAUAGAAGUGCAGUUUCCUUGUAUCAGGGCAAUAGUAAUCAAGGCUUCCAAAAUAAAAGUGGGAAGUCUGUUUAUUGUCACAUACACGGGUGGAACAAUUGGCAGAGAGAAAGAUAUGUCACAUGUUAUAAGAAUCCCUGAUGUGGAAGUCAGCAAGCUGCAAUGCAAGAUCGAGUUUGACAAAGAAAGACGUCAGUUCUUCAUCUGGGAUGUCGGCAGCAGAAAUGGAACAUUUCUCAAUGGACGACGACUCUCUGAGAGCAAACAAAAAAGUGAACAACGUGUCAUCACUCAUGGAGAUGAGCUUACACUUGGCACCACUACACUCUGUCUGCACAUUCACCCAGGGACACAAACAUGUGAUUCCUGUGAGCCCGGUCAAGUACAGGCCCAGGCACCCCAAGGAACAUCAUUUUCCAUGGAUGAUGAAGUCUGUAUUACCAAAGUAAUUGAAGGAGAUAGAUCACUGAAUUCAUUAUCAGUACAAGAACAGAGAAAAUCAGAACUCAAGAGAAUCAAAAAGGCGUACGCCCUGGAGGAAUCCUUUUACUCGGAAGAAACCAUCGAUUCAACUCUUGCAGGAAAGUACAAAGAUCGUGCUGACGUCAGACGUACGAAGGUAGGAAGUGAUGUCCCUGUUGUUGUCGCCGACGAUCCUCCAGCAUCUGUUCACAGACCAAUUAGUACAGAGAAUGUUGGUCGUCAAAUGUUAGAAAAGAUGGGCUGGAAAGAAGGAGAGGGACUGGGACGAGAGGGAGCUGGUCGCCGUGAACCAGUCAUUGUUGAAGUCCGCGACAAUCUCCGAGGUCUGGGUACGGGUGUAAAACGAAGCAUUGAUGACGUGGACGGUAAGAGUUACAUCCGUUCUAAAACGCGUGAGAGGUUUGGACAAGCAGCGUCUGUUAUUUCUGGUCGACAGCGAUUUGUGGCCGCUGACACAACUCAAGCCGAGAUGAAAUCACAGAUUACUGAUCAAACAAAGCAAACAGAGCAACCAAACGCCAAUCAAGUAACAUUGCAAAUAAGCGGAGCGAAAGUAUUAGAUAUUUUCGCGGAGUAGAAGUUGGAAAUCAAGAUAAUAAGGCGAUCGAAUUGUGGACGUGAAUGAUAUCCAGAUCGUGGGCGCACGUUAAACGCACAGCAUAGAAAGUGUUGUCAGAGGAGAAAUUGUUCUGGCGUCGUUCAUACUGUACCUUUUAACGCUGAUUUUGGUGACUACUAAAGCUUACUACCCUGGAGGCAGUAUUUUCGGCGGCAUGAAACAAAAGAAGGAUUUCUGUGUUCGUAAUUGACAUUGUCCUCAGCCAGUCCGCACCAUUGUAAAUUGACACAAUUUUCAGUUUAA